AUUUAUUGUAAAUCCAAAGGAUACAAUGCCAAGGAUUCGAUUUAAUACGUUUUGCUAUUGCAGGUGAUGUCUUUGCUGGCUGUGGCCUGCGCCGACAAGCUCGGCUAUAACUACCAGCCAGUUGCUCACUCCAACUCUGGACUGUCCUUUGCUGCUGGCUGUGGCGGAGCAAACGGUGGUGGCAUUGGUUGUGGAAGCGUUGGCGGUGGCCACAUUGGCGGCGGCGAUCUUGGUCUAGGUGGAGUCGGUCUAGGCGGCGGCAAUCUUGGCAGCAUUGGUGUUGGCUCCGGCCUGGGUAACUUGGGUGGCCUCAACGGUGGUCUGUCCAGCGGCUCUAUUGAUGCUCCAGUUGCCUACAACGCCCCUGCCCCAGCUGCUGAGUUGGAAAAGGAAUUCUUCAGCUUCACCGCCAACGAGCAGGACUUCGAUGAGCCACAAUCUCUGGAGCGCGUGCAAAACUCUCUGAACAAGGCUCUGCGCGUUGUCUUCAUCAAGGGACCCGAGAACCGUGGCCUGGAGAACGCUGCUCUGGCUCUGGCCAAGCAGGCUGCCCAACAGGAAACCGCCAUCUAUGUGCUCAACAAGCAGGCUGAUCUCGGCGAGCUGGCCCAGAGAUUCAACGCUGUGCGCAACAAUGUCAACAACAAGCCCGAGGUGCACUUCGUCAAGUAUCGCACUCCUGAGGACGCUGCCAAUGCUCAGCGUGCCAUCCAAGGCCAAUACGAUCAGUUGGGUGGCCGUAGCACUGCUCAUGAUGCCGGCGUUGCUCCCGCUCUGAACUUUGCCUCUCAGGGUGCAGUGCGUCAGGCUACUGCCCAGCAGCCCGAUAAUGCUUAUCUGCCCACAUCGAUCUUCCGUCGCCUGCGUCGUUAA